AUGUGCCGAGCGAAAUUUCUGGUAAGCAUCAUGACCAUCUUUCCAGCUAACGACAGUCAACGUGCUAUACGCUUGCAACUAGUCGUAGAUUUGGAAGCAGAAGACUUGAGUGUGGAUGAAACCAUACAACCUCAAGUUGAAGAAGAUAAUAUUGAUGUUACUGAAGAAAAUCGUGAAUAUGAGACACUUGGAGAUCAAAUUGGAGAAGAUCCUAUUGUUCUCACUGACGAAAGUGGUGAGCGUUUACUACAUGUCUCGUUUUUUAGACUCGCAAAGGCAUAG